AUGGCUGGUAGUGGUAAAACAACAACUGUUUGCCAGUCUGUUAGACAAGCUACUAAAAAGGGCUCAUUUAAAUCAAAUGGCUGUUACUGGAUGAAAAUCGGCAAUAUAUCUAAUACCGAGUUAUGCCAGAAACUCAAGAGAAUAGGUAUCGAUCUUAAUAUGGAAUGGAAAGAGAAUAUUCAAUCUAUCGGCGAAAUUCGUGCUUAUCUCUGUUCUAGCCUAGAAGCAAAUAGCAAACUAUCCGAUACGCUAUUUAUUUUUGACGAUAUCUGGGAAAAGGAUCAUUACAAAUACUUAUCUUUUGCCAAGAAGUCAAUCUGUACUUCACGAUUUGAGGACCGUGCAAAAGAGCGCGGCGAUGGUCUUAUCCGUUUACCGAAAAAACUAGAGUAUAAGGAAGCUAUAGAACUGCUUGCGUUACUUGCCGUUAACGAUAAUGCUCGGACAUUGCUAAAAAGUUCAGUUGUCGAGAAAGUUAUCGACAGUUGUCAAGGUUUACCAUUAGCUAUCGCUAUAAUUGGCCGUCUUGGUUUAGAAACUGAGAAAGAAUGGAAUCGAGCAAAGGGUAUCAUUGCCAAAAAGUCUGCAGAUAUUGAAUUAGCUCAUUACGGUUUCAAUCUAUACGGGACUUUACAAUUAAGUGUUGAUUCUUUGGAAAAUGAGAAUAAACAAUUAUUUGAGCAACUAGCUGUAUUUAAGCGAGUCAGUAUUCCUAUUCAAUCUGUUGCAUCGUUAUGGAACUACGAUGUAAUCGAAGCUCGUCCUCUCGUAAAGAAAAUGCAUAACAAAUCAUUACUUACAUAUGAUGAAGAAAAGUAA